CCCGCUGUUGAAACAGCAGAGGAAGCAAAGGAACCAGCAGAGGCAGACAUCAAUGAACUCUGUAAAGACAUGUUCAACAAAAUGGCCACUUAUUUAACGGGUGAACUGACAGCUACCAGUGAAGACUACAAACUCUUGGAAAACAUGAAUAAGCUGACUAGCUUGAAGUACCUAGAAAUGAAAGAUAUUGCUAUAAACAUCAGUAGAAAUCUGAAGGAUUUAAAUCAAAAAUAUGCUGCUCUUCAACCAUAUCUGGAACAAAUCAACCUAAUUGAAGAACAGGUUGCAGCUCUGGAGCAGGCAGCUUAUAAAUUGGAUGCAUAUUCCAAAAAACUUGAAGCCAAGUACAAAAAACUGGAGAAACGAUGAAAUUACAACAGUCUUUAAGUCGGAGUUGGGCUAUGAGUCAGACUGAUUUCUGUUUAACUUGCACAACAGCAAUUCUGUAUGUUGACAAGGAUUUUAUUACAACUAACAUAAAGACUGGUAACUUUUUAUAUCUUUUGAAUACAGUAGGCUGUGUUCAGGCUUAAGGCCGAAUAAUAUUUUCCUCUUCUCAAGAGGUUCUGUUGCCUCAGUUGUUCUGCAGUGAAAAGUAGAAGCUUGUUCCUAACCCACCUGUUGAUAGUGGCUAUCUGUGUGUUAGUCCUAUGUCCCACAUGAAAUUAUCUAGGAAAAGCCCUCCAUAACCUCUAACGACAUUUUCCAUUAGUAGCAGCAGGACUUACACUUCAUUUUUCCCUUCAUUGAGCUCUGCAUUGAGAAGAUACCUGGGCAUUUGGAGUUAUGAGCAUGGUAUUGAAAACACUUUAUUUUGGUAUCCACUUUUAUUUGUUUGAAAUAGAGAGACUAAUUAUUGUAAAUUUACAAUAAAACACUUUGAUGCAUUUGUCUCUCUGGAAUCUCGAAUUCCUGUUGGAAAGAUUAUGUAAGUUGUCUUUUAAUUUUUCAAAGGAUCUGUUAAUAAAGACAAAACUCCUCCCAGCUACUGGAGAUCUUAGAAGAGAACAUGUUUU